GACCGCGCGCGGCGCCACUUUCCAUACAAAGAUUAAAAUUUUAAGUUUUUCACGACUGAAAUCUUAAUAUGACUCACAUUCAAAAUAGCGAAGUGCUUAUAAAAGAGUACUUAGCGUAUCGUGGAUUUACCAAUUGCUUGAAAUCUUUUGAAUUAGAGUGCAGGAGUGACAAAAAUAAAAGUUUUCGUACUGAUAAGAUUCUUGUUAUGAGAACCGAAAACGAAACAGCUCAAAUCAGAAAGUUGCAAGAAGAAAAUGCAAAACUCAGACAAAGGCUUCAAGUAGCUCAACAACAACCAGGAUCAAGUCACCAACAUCAAUCGCGACAACAAAUGUUCCUCGAAAAGAAGAGCAAAUCAAUUACAAAUCCAAAUGAAAUCAUUCCUUUCGAUAUUGCUCCACCACAGCAUCUUGUCGAUGAUUUCUUCAUCAUAGCGCAAGAAUCUUUACACAUGAGUGAAUCUCAAUCUCGAGGCUUCAAAUCUUUAAUAAGAAAUAUUUCUUCAACGUCACCUGUAAUGGGAAGAAAGGAAAGUGUCGCAGACGGUUCAAAAAGCAAACGUUCUGGAUCUGUUGGAAGCGAAACAAAACAAGUACAAAAUAUGAGUAAUCCUGUAGAUUUAUUCUUUGGCGAUCACGAUAUCGAAGCUCCAAAACCACAAUUUGUUGCUAAAUUUAAAAUUGAACCAAACAAAAAUGACAUAAAGAAACGUAAACGAGACGACAAUUCUGAUGGAUUUGAAUACUCAAUUCAACAUAGAAUAAAGCAAGAAAAGAGAAUGCACUCAACACUUUACAAUCUCAACAUCAUAAAAAAGGAAGAUUCCGACAGUGAAGAGGAUUUUGGUAUUGAAUGCAAAAUCGAAAAUCUUGACCUCCCAGAAUUGAAUGUGUACAGUCGAUAUAAUUUCAAUAUUCCACCAAAAAAGUUGCCAAUUCUUGACAAAAGAGAAAUGAUAUUAAAUGCAAUUGAUAGAAAUCCUGUUAUUAUCCUAACAGCAUCAGCUGGAACAGGAAAAACUUCACAAGUUCCUCAAUACAUUCUCGAGGAGUCUCGCAAAAAAGGAGUAAACUGCAACAUUAUCAUAACUCAGCCAAGACGUAUUGCUGCUACCACUGUCGCCAAGCGCGUUGCAGAUGAACGAAAAUGCGAGUGUGGAUCACUUGUUGGAUAUCAAAUUGGCUUAGAAAAGCAACUUGAUAUAGAACAAAAUUCCGACACGAGAAUUCUUUAUUGCACAACUGGAGUCUUGCUACAAAAGCUCAUAAAUGACAAAUCAAUGCGACGAUACUCGCACAUCAUCCUGGAUGAAGUUCAUGAACGUAAAAUUGACAUGGACAUGCUCUUAAUUGUUAUUCAACUUUUAUUAUCGCGUAAGAAUCCAACAGUUAAAAUCAUCCUCAUGUCUGCAACAAUUCGAUCAGAAAAGUUUGCAAAUUAUUUCAAAACUUCACUUGAUAAAUUUGGCGUUGGAACGAUUGCAGCACCAAUUUUGAAUCUCAAUCUUAAACAACCUUUUACAAUCAAAAUUCAAUAUCUCGAUCAUUUAAAAAGUAAGUUAGGAGUGGAGCAAAAUAUUCUCGAGAUAUCUAAUCCGAAGAUAUCUUCAAAUAUGUAUGAACUUGCAGUUAAUGUCAUCGAGUUUUUAGUGCUGAAAUGUCAUGGGAAAGACUUCAAACCUUCUUUCCUUGUCUUUUUGCCUGGCAUUCAAGAAAUUAAUCGUUUCAAGAAUAUGAUUUUAGCUUCAUCUGAACUGGAGAACUUUCAAAUAUCAAUUCUUCACUCAUCAAUUCCAUUAAAGGACUACGUGAAUGCUUUCAACACUUCAAUCGACUAUAAAAUAAUCUUAGCGACAAAUAUUGCUGAAAGUUCUGUAACAUUACCUGGAAUUCGUUACGUUAUUGACUUUUGUCUCACAAAAUAUAAAGAAACUGAUACAGCGACAGGAAUUACACAAUUGAAAGUUGAUUGGGCUUCAAAAAAUAGUUUAAUUCAACGAGCAGGACGUGUUGGAAGACUUGAAUUUGGUAUUGUUGUUCGUCUCAUUUUUGAACAUCAAUUUAAUGAAUUCGCAGAAGAAUCGAAACCAGAAAUGCAAUGCGUUUCACUUGAGUCAAUCAUUCCAAAAACGAAACAACUUGGCAUGGGAAAACCUUCAAAUAUUCUUGCUUUGGCAUUAGAUCCACCACGAAAAGAAUCAAUUCGAAACUCAAUUUUAGUGCUUAAAGAGAUUGGCGCACUUACAAAAUAUAAAAGGGGAAAAUUUGAUGCUGAAGAUGGUGAAUUGACUUUCAUUGGUGAUGUCAUCACAAAACUUCCCUUGGAUGUGAGAAUUUCAAAGCUUAUUGUUCUUGGCUACAUGUUUAGUUGUCUUGAAGAUUGUGUCAUCAUCGGUUGCGGAUUAUCAUCGAAGAACAUCUUUAAACAACUCCCGAAAAAUGCAACCAUCAGUGAAGCUACUGAUCAUUAUAAAGAACAAUUAACAUUGGGAAAAGGAAGUGGAAGUGAUUUGAUUUUGCUUUUCAACGCUUAUCGUGAAUGGCAGAAAGCAGUUAGGGAGGGAUUGAGUGGUGCAAAUGAAAAGAAAUGGUGCGAAAUGCAAUAUUUAGAUCUGAGAAAUCUUCGAGAAAUGCACGAACUUAUUCUGGAUGUUAAAAAACGUUUGUCGCCUUUGAAAAUGAAAAUCGAUGAAGAUUUUUACGAUUUCACUGGAAACGAAAAGAUUUUCAUGAUAAAAAUUUGCAUUGCUGGUGCAUUCUUUCCAAACUUUUAUCAGUUUGGUGGUUCAGCUCCUGAUCGUGAUGUGUACAGAAUGAUGAACAAUCUUAAUCCAUUAUCAACUGUUUAUUUCAACAAAAUGCCAUUGAAUCGAAUUGGAAAACUUUAUGAACAACAAGUGAGAGACGCCAUUCAUAAUGCAAAUAUCGUCGAUAAUGGCAAUGAAAUUAAAGCUUAUUUUGACAAGAAUUCAUCACGUAUUCAAGUAGAAUUUAGACCUGUUGAUGACAAACGAUCUUUUGUUCCUGGUGAAGUUCAAUUUGAAGUUUACAGUGCAAUGAAAAUGUCCAAAUUAGAUCGUGGAAUUGAACUGAAAAUCAUGGAUUCAUCACAGGAAAUCGAAUACGCUACAGAAACGAAUUUAGUGAAAGUUAAAAAUGAAAAGUGGGAAUAUCAAGAAAAGUUACUUAAAGCAUCUCAACAAUGCAUUUAUCCAAAGUUACAUCAUCGCUUUUUAACUGGAGUCAUAAGUCAUAUUGAAAAUUGCGGAAAAUUCUUCUUCCAACCUGAGAAAGGAAUUAAUCACAUUGAGAUUCAACAAAAACUUUUAGAGAAUAAUUGCAUACAAAUUCAAUCGUUGCAAGAGACGAUUGAUGGUAAUCGUUUGUUGCUAAAGCAUGAAAGUGUUUUCAAGCGUUGUAAAAUCAUCGAACAUCCUGAUGAAGACGACGAAAUUAAGAAGUUUAGAGUUCUCUUGAUAGAUUAUGGAAAGGUGAUUGAAGGUGCAGAUUUUGAAGAUUUUUAUACAUGCAAUCAAGAAGACAUUGUGACAAGAAAAGAAAUUUUGCAAGACGUCAACGAACUUCCAGUUCAAUGCAUUGAAUGUCGUCUCUCAAAUAUUUCCCCAUCUCCAAUAAAAUGUCCAUUGGGAUGGUCUGAAGAAUCAACUGAAGAAUUUAAAAAGUCAAUUCAAAAUCAGAAGGUAAAAAUCGAAGUUUUGUCAUUCAUCGAUCGAAUUGCUUCGGUUCGUGUAAUAACAACUUUGGAAGUUACAAGAGGUUGUCACAUUGUCAAUGAUUACAUGAUUUUAAAAGGAUUUGCACAUCCAUCAGAUGAAUGUUACAUGCGAUUAAUUGAUCGAUUGGAGCGUGAUAAGAGACAGAAAAGAAAUUACCGAGAAUAUAGAAACAUUGAAGACGAAUUGGCAGAUAAUUUUGUGAAAUCCCCACCAUUACUUUAUCUAACAGAAAAGAUUAAAAUUGAUGGACCAUUCUCACCAUUAGAGUCGCAAAUUUAUUCAGUUCAGAGAAAUGACUUGAUCAAUAUUAAAGUAGAAGAUUCUUCGAUAAAUCAUGUCUUACUCGAUCCAUUUCCGAAUGAUGAUAUUAAGAAACUUCUCGUUGCAGCUUCGGUUUCACAAAAAGAAAAUCAUGUGACUUUACAUCAUACAACAAUCUUACCAAAUGUUAAUGGAAUGGCAUGCUUGUUGGCUCUCAUAUUCAGCCCACAUGCAGAAGUUCGCUGUGCUUCAAAUAAGCAUCGAUUCACAUCUAUUCUUGCUGGUCUUGGAUGUGAUCAAGAACAAGUACCAAAUUUUGAAGAACAUGACAGUUUGAUACAUGUUGACGUUGAACUUUCUGAAAUUGACUUUAAAGAUAUUAAUGACCUUCGCAAGAAUAUGUCUACCUUGCUAGAAAAGAAUCCAGUCAUUAAAUCUGAACAUUCAGGAAAUUUAACAUUGCGUAAAAAGAUCAUCGAUUUGAUGUACGACAUUAUGACGAGAGAAAGAAAGUCAUUAAAAAUAAGUUAUGAUGCUUGUAAGUGGAACUGGAAUGACCCAGAAGAAUUUAAGUAUUAUGUUGAAGAAGUUUAUCCACCAAUAACUCAAAUAGGACAGCUUUUACCAUUGUCUAAAGAUACCAAAGAAGAACUUCUAAAGCAUGUGAAAGAACUUGAAAGAGAAGCUCGAGGAAGUUGCAAUGAAAUCAUAACAUGUCGUCUAUCUUUUAUUAAUAAACAACGACGCGUUAUGGGAAAUCCGUCGGAAAGGAAAAAAAGUUUCACAGUUAAAGUGACGCAACUGAAAAUAUCAAAGCCUUUCCUAAAAGUUAAUGUCGUUAAUGUUGAAGAAAAGUGUUAUAAGUCUUUGUCGAAACUCCAUGAACUUUAUGAUGAAGCCGAAGGUAAGGAUAUAAAGUCGCUUGGAGAAGUUUGCAUUGCAAACAUUGAACCAGGAAUUUACGAAAGAUGCGUCGUGACUCAAAUUAAUGCUGUUGAUGAAACUGUUUCGCUGUCCUUCAUUGACACUGGUUACAAUGGAAUUUUACAACGAAAAAAGUUGAGACCUUUUCCGUCAUCGUCUUCACUUAAAAAGAUGGCAUCUGUUUACAGAGAAGUAAUUCUGGCUCAUAUGAUCAUUGACAUAACAACUGAUAAAAACUAUAGAGAGAAACUUAUACCGUUACAUGAUUUGAUAAUUGGAAAACAAUUUGAGAUGUCGAUAAUUGGACAGAAUGAAGCUGGAAGAUUUGCAGAACUUAAACUCAUUCCUGGUGGCACAUUAAUCGAUUUCGUUUUCAAUCACUUAAAACUUUCUCAAAUUUUGAAACCAAUAAAACUCGAAUUACAAAUACAAAAGAUGUUGGAUACAAAAAAACAUGUUGAUCAGUUUAAUAAUGAACGAGGAUUCAAUCUUAAUACAUUGGCAGAGUCUCCGGAGAAGAACAAUAGUCAGAUAAACUUCUCAAUGAUUAAACCUCAUUCUGUUAGAAUCACAGCUUAUGACAGCAACGAACCGUUGAGGUUUUAUGUUCAGUUCACAUCACAAGAUGAUGAAUAUCAAAAGUUUCAAUUGAAUCUACAAUCUUUAAAAGAAAAAUUAACUCAUUUUCAUCCAAUUCCACCAGCUGGUACAAAAUGUCUCGUGAUAAAGGACAAAGAAGUGUUUCGUGCCAUCGUUCGUUUACCGAAAAAAAUUAUUCCACGUCGGCAGAUUCUUGUUCAUUUAUUAGAAAACGGAGCGAGUGUCAUCGUUCAACCAAAUCAAAUCUUUGAAAUACCAAAAGAAGUUGCUGAUGUAAAACCAUUUGCACAACAAUUUAAACUUAAUGGUUGUGAAGAUAUUCGUAGGAAAGGACUUUUGUGGUCAGAAAUUGAAUUUUAUUUUCAGCACAUCACCAAGCAAAAGCUUUUAACUCUCAAAAUAGUUUCGCAAGAGGGUCCAGUUCCAUCUUGCAAACUUUAUCAUGAGACAACUGAAAUAUUUGAAGAGUUAGAGAAUUGGGAUCCCAACAGUCUCAGAUAUCCGCCAGAUAAUAUUUUAUUGGACAAGGAAUAUCAAAUCACAGUCACAACAGUGAUUUCUCUCAAUCAAUUCUAUACCCAAAUAUCAAAAGGUUCCGAGGCGAAUCAACUUGAAAGUCUUUGCGAGAAGUUGAGUUUAUUCAAUUCACCUGUGUUGAGAAACCCGAUGCCUGGUGAAGCUUGUAUCAUUAAAUCAGAGAAUGAAAAUAUUCGUGGAAUUGUCACAGGACGUUCAACUUCAAGAAUUUUAACAGUUAAAGCUGUCGAUUAUGGAUUCUCUGAGGAAUAUGCCGAACAUGAAGUUAGAAUAAUUGUUAAAGAUCUGUUGAAAUAUCCGCCGUUUGCUUAUCGUUGUUGUUUGAGACAUUCUAUGAAUAAUGAAGUAACUGAAACAGCAACUCGUGACUUCAAGAAUGCGUGCAUUCAAUUCACAGAGUUUCAAAUGAAGAUUCAAAGAUUCACACCAGAAGCUUACAUCGUUGAUUUAGAAGAAUUAAGGGAUGGACAGAAUAUUGUGAAUUUCUUAAAUGGCGUUGACUCAUCAAUUCAUCACAACAGUGAUUGGACUGAGAAUUCAGCAUUAUCGAGUAACUUUAACUACUUUAACAGGCGUAAUGAUACACCGCGGCCCAAUAACUCCAUUAGCGUGUGUACCCUUGAGGAAUCACCUGAGAAAACUUUGGAGAACUCGUCAUUAAAUGAAGAUGAUAUAAGAAACUCAACAAUCAAACAAACAGCUUUUGAGAAUGAAACUGAUUGGGAUUUAGAACAAAGUAAACGUGAAGCUACAAAUGAUGGUAAUGAUGAUGUUGUUAUUGAUGAUCCUUGGGGCAGUAGAGAGAAUGAUUCAGAAGCAAGUGUUGAACAAACAGCAAACAAAAAUUAUAUUCCGUCGUCAUCAAGUUCUGGAGUGAGUGUUGGAAACAACGAAUGUCAUAAUGAGAAAUUGGAACGUGUUCGAAUAACAGCGGUCACGACAAUAAAUGAUUUCACAAUUCAGAAGAUCAGUGACAUUAAUUCAUACAAUUUGUAUCGAAGGGAGCUUCAAGCAAGUGCACAAGCUCAACAGCCAUUAACAUGGGUCUAUACAAAUUCAUAUUGUUUGGCAUGGCAACCAUUCAAUGAAGAAUGGUGUCGAGCAAUUGUUAAAGAUGCCGAUAUAAAUGAUAUGAAUAAGUUUUUAGUGACAGUAAAAUGUCUUGAUGAUGGAACGUCAUUUACGAUUGAUGACAGAAGUAAAUUGAAACAAACAAACAUCCCAAUACUUUUUAAAAAUUGUUUUGGCUUGCAAUGUUCAUUACCCGUGCGCUAUAAAGCUCGUAAUGAAGACGAAUCAACGAAAUAUUUAACAGAUUUAGUUCGAAGUGAAAAUUUAAGCUUCAAAGUUAUAUCAAAAAUGGAUGACACAAACAUCAUUGAAUUGUUUCAUAAUGGAAAGAAUGUUGGUGAUGAACUUGUGGCGAGAAAAAUUGCAGUUCGACAAGUUGUUGUGCCAAAUGGUUUGGCUAUCAUUAGACAUGUGAAUAACACUCAAGAUUUCUCUAUUCAAAUGUUGAACGAUGGUGGGCUUUUGCAGAAAGUCAAUUCUUACAUCGAAAAGUAUACAAAAGUGUCAGUUAGAUUACCCGAUUCUGGAAAGAUUGUUCUGGCACAAUUGAUUGAGAACUCACGAUGGAAUCGAGCAAAAAUUCUCCACAGAAAAGAAAAUGGUCAUCAAGUUUAUUUCAUCGAUCUUGGUUGUGAGGGUUCUGUUAGAAACAUUGGAGAAAUCACUGAUCAGAAUAUUCUCGACAUUCCUCCACUUGCCUAUCGUUGUGCUCAUGAAUUACCUUUUCAAGUUAAACAGUUCAGCGAUGUCAUUGAAAAGAAAUUUAAAGACAAGUUUAAGAAUGGAAAUAGGAAUGUCGAUGUGGUCUUGAGAAAGCCUGGCGAUAGAAAAGCACAAGUUAAGUUGGUGGAUAACGAAUCUGCUUUUCUAAACAAUAUUUUGCCACAACAAUUUGAUUUGUUUAAUGCUAUAAAUAAUGCUGAAUUUGUCUCUUCUUGUGAUCAAAGUUUCGAAAAUGAAUCUUAAUUUCUCUCAUUACUUUUCACUUUAAACUUUUUGUAUUUUAUUUCCUUUUUAAUUAAUGUUUUGAAAGAAAAAAGUCAAUACUUUUAAAUUUCUAAUAAAAUCAAAUGAAAUGAAAUGAAA